UCAUUUUUAUUUUUGUAUCACAAAAUAUAACGUGAUCGACCACACACUACCGCACAGUAGGUGGCGGCAUGCACAAACAAAAUAUGCGAACGCCAUGAUACCAAAGAAGAAGAACUGCUAAACGUUGUUAGGCUUUAGCUUCUGGAGAGCGUCAGAGAGGGAACGAGGGCGGCUACAUUUUUGCAAUGCCGAAUAAAGCGAAAAAAGAGAAGGAGUCGGGAAAAGUUGUAAAAACUGGAGGUCAAGAAAACGACCAUGAGGGUUCCAAUAGGAAAGGCAGUAACAGCGUCCCUCCCGCCACUCAGCUGCUGAAGGGCAAGCAGCCGGGUUCCCAGACGCCGGUCAAGAAGGACAAGAGGCAGAGCUCGUCCCGCUUCAGCCUCAGCAACAACAGAGAGCUUCAGAAGCUGCCUGCCUUCAAAGAUGUCCCGCCGGCGGAGCAGGAAAAGUUGUUUGUCCAGAAGCUGCGUCAGUGCUGCGUCCUGUUUGACUUUCUGUCGGACCCUCUGAGCGACCUGAAAUGGAAGGAGGUGAAGCGGGCAGCGCUCAGCGAGAUGGUGGAGUACAUCACCCACAACAGGAACGUCAUCACAGAGCCCAUCUACCCAGAGGUGGUGCAUGUGUUUGCAGUGAACAUGUUCAGGACAUUGCCUCCAUCAUCCAACCCCACAGGGGCUGAGUUUGACCCAGAGGAGGAUGAGCCCACUCUAGAGGCCGCGUGGCCACACCUCCAGCUCGUCUACGAGUUCUUCCUCCGGUUUCUGGAGUCUCCCGACUUUCAACCAAAUGUGGCCAAGAAGUAUAUCGACCAGAAAUUUGUAAUGCAGCUAUUAGACCUGUUUGACAGUGAAGACCCUAGGGAAAGGGACUUUCUAAAGACCACUCUGCAUCGCAUCUACGGAAAGUUCCUGGGCCUGAGAGCGUACAUCAGGAAACAGAUCAAUAACAUAUUCUAUAAGUUCAUUUAUGAAACAGAACGUCAUAACGGAAUAGCAGAGUUAUUGGAAAUAUUAGGAAGCAUAAUCAAUGGCUUUGCCUUACCGUUGAAAGAGGAGCACAAGAUUUUCCUGUUGAAAGUGUUGCUGCCUUUACACAAAGUCAAAUCCCUUAGUGUCUAUCACCCACAGCUGGCUUAUUGUGUGGUGCAGUUUCUAGAGAAGGACAGCACUCUCACAGAACCGACUGUGAUGGCUCUGUUGAAGUACUGGCCGAAGACGCACAGUCCAAAGGAGGUGAUGUUCCUCAAUGAGCUGGAGGAAAUCCUGGACGUCAUCGAACCCUCUGAGUUUGUCAAGGUCAUGGAGCCUCUCUUCAGACAGCUGGCCAAGUGUGUGUCCAGCCCUCACUUCCAGGUGGCAGAGAGAGCGCUGUACUACUGGAACAAUGAGUACAUCAUGAGUUUGAUCAGUGACAAUGCUGCCAGGAUCCUCCCUAUCAUGUUCCCCUCGCUCUACCUCAACUCCAAGACCCACUGGAACAAGACGAUCCACGGUCUGAUAUACAACGCCCUGAAGCUCUUCAUGGAGAUGAACCAGAAGCUGUUUGAUGACUGCACACAGCAGUUCAGAACAGAGAAGAACAAAGAGAAGGCCAAGUGGAAAGAGAGAGAAGAGGCGUGGGUGAAGAUUGAGAAUCUGGCCAAGUCCAACCCUCAGUUCCUGGUGUACGUGGACCCGUCAGACCUGGGUAGUCCUAUGGAGACAGACGGACCAAUGAUGGAGGAUGUUAACAUCUUGAAGAAGACCAUAGAGGAAGAAGCCACGCAGCUCCAGAGGAACGAGCGUAAGGAGCGUCCGCUGGUCAGGAGGAAGUCUGAGCUGCCUCAGGACAUCUCCACCGUCAAGGCCCUGGAGACGCACCGGAGGGCCAAUGAUAUGGUCACACCACACGACGGACACUAAAGACACACGCACGUACACGAACAAACACGUACACGAACAAACACGUACAGUCAGUCUCUCUCUCUCUGACACACACAUACGCACGCACACAUACAGACAGUUGCACAUACAGACGUACAGGCAGUCUCUCUCUCACACACACACACACACACACACACACGCACACACACAGUCGCACACACACAAACACACACACAGACAGUCGCACAGUCAGACACCACAUACUGACAGACAGACAGUCACACAGUCAGACACCACAUACUGACAGACAGACCAGCCCCGGGGGGCCCAGAACAGUCCAGCACAGACAAGGUCCAGAAUAGAACAAAACAGAAUGGCCUGGCUGAAAGAAGCUGCAGCUCAAACAACUCCACCAGUCCAACUCUGAAGUGUUCCCCAGUUCGCUACAGCCCUGCCCAGAGAUGUCAAUGGCACAGGGCUGUAUGGCAUGACCACGAAACAUGACAUUGUUGCCCACCCUCCCUCUCUCUGUCUUGUAAAAGCAGUGCUGUCCCCUUGUGGUCAUUUUUCUCAAGUCUUCUGUUAUUGUUUUAAUUUGUUGGAUUCUUUCUGUUUUUCUCUCAUCCUCAUUCUAGAUGUCAUGUGCACUGGCAAUAUGAUUGGCAGACACAUGUAUUAUAGAUGCAUACUGUACGUAAUGGGUGAAGGAAGAAGCAGUUUAGUCUCCUCUCUCGCUCUCUCAGCAUAGAGAGCAAAGCACAGUCCUUCUCUCUCAUGUUUAUUCUUUGUUGCCUAGUUACUGCUGCUAUUGCCAUAAGCGUAAUAUUUUUAUUUUGUUUUGCUAGGAUUGAUUUGAUGGGAGGGGAAUUAUUGGGGACCGCCAAGAGACGUAAUAAAGUUGUGGCUCUAAAUGUGCUUCGCUUAGUGAAAGGGGGAUUCUUCUGUCCACUGGACAUCAGCUGGUCUGUACAGACUUAGUUUGGUUCCAACCUCACGCUUGCUUUUUCUUGCUUUUUAAAAAACUUAUCCACCCUUUCUUAGCUGUAUGAUAUUGUAGGCAAUAAGUUGCAGUGUGUUUGGUUGGUUUCGAACAAUGGUUAAUGGUUUUCUAAGACUGAGGGCACAGCACAUCAAUUGUUUUCUGGAUCCAUUGGAGUUUACUGUCCAUGUGAACACGUCAAUCCCAUUCCCUAUCGGUCUGUUCGUGUCUUCAUUCGUAAUCAGUAUUGAUCAAGACAUCAAAGUCAUGUUAGUGUUGUGAAAGCUGAGGUCUGUGUUCUAGUUCAGUGUUUACAGACUCCCAUUGAGCUGUAGUGUGGGAGGAGCUGUACUGGGCUACACACAGAGGAAUACCUGCUCCUCACUGCUCUCUACUCUUCAUAACCAAGACCCCUCUCUUUCUGAUGUUGCUUUUAUACCUUGGUAACUAAGUAGCCUAGUUCAGUCACAUAAGAUCAUUCUGUCUGUAGUCAGUCAAAAUUCAUCACAAGCCUUUCCUUUCAUAGUGCCUUUAUUGUACAAGUGGCUAAACUGAGGGUAGAAUAGCAGUGUUAUGUGAAUGCAGAACCAUGUUCAAUUUAGCAUUAGCUUCCCAACAGACCACAGAGACGCACGUUGAAACACAAUGACACUCACACCUACCCACAGAGUAUGUAGGGCCAUGUUUAGUGUAAAACGCAUACAAGUUGUUUUUGUUAAAUCUACAAAGCAGAUCAAUGAUUGUGGUCAAGCUAGAGAGGAGUGGGUAAGCCCCAAAGACUUAAGAUAGAAGCACUUCCUGAUAAAACUUGAAGAAUAAAAACCCAAGAUCCAAAAUGAAUGAAUCAUUCGUGCUGUCUGAUCUGUUUAGUUACGUCAGUUCCUCUGUGUGCCUGAUGAAAAACGUGUAGAGAAGGAUGCUUCUCAUUCAACCUGAUCUUAUUACCCCUCGCCCUGUUCCAUUUAGGAUGUCCCCCAAAUGGCACCUUAUUCCCCUAUGGACCGUGAUCGAAAGAAGUGCACUAUAUAGGAAAUAGUGUGCCAUUUUAAGAUGCACCAUUGUUUGAGUCCCCAGACAGACAUGCACUCUGGCUGUAUCCCUGUAGAGAAGCUCUGUGUGUGUGAGACACUAUUUCUGGAUGUGUGCAGGGUCUUUUCCAUUGCCUGCAAAAACUCUGAUGUUCAGAUUGAAUGUGCAAAUUGUAAAUAUAUUACUAUCACGAUA